AGUGGGACAAAAUAGUUGAAAACCUCAACGCAUUGGAAAGUCCAAAAUUCUAUGUAUCCAAGCGGGCAAUACGGGAUCGGCUUAAUUUACUUAUCAAAGGAUACAGAGCAAAAGUCAGAGAAGAAGGUCAGUCCAGUGGAAUAAGCCCAGAUGAAGAUGAAAUUGACUCAUUACUAGAGGAAAUUUGUGAUAAAGAAGAAGAAUGGAUGCUUAAUCCUCCUAUUACAUCCAAGGUAAAGAAAGCAGAAAAUGACAGAGCCACAGCUAAUGAAAUAAGACUUCAAGCCUUGGAAACUGUAGGAGAGACUACUAAAAGAAAGGAGAAAAAUGAAAGGGAGCAUACAACAAAGAGAAGAAAGAGUACUGGUGAGGCUAUUGAAUAUUUAAAAGAAAAAGCUAAAGCUGACCUGUCUCUGAAAGAAAGGGAGUUUGAGCUUAGAGAAAAAGAGCAGUCAAAUAGUGCUUUGUUAUUGCAAAACCAAAGCCAAAUGCAACAGGACAUGCUGAUUUUUAUGCAGCAACAACAUCAAGAACAGAAGAGACAACAGCAACUUCAGCAACAACAGCAUGCACAAACCAUGCAACAAAUGUUCCAACAACAACAAAUGCAAAGUCAGGCUUUGAUGGCUCUCUUAGAAAAAUUUGCUAACAAAUAGGACACAAGGCAUGUACACUUCUGUAAGUUGUGUUAUUAUUUACAUAGCUUUUUUAACUGUUAAAUUUAGAAUAUAAAAGCUCUUCUAUUUUAUUUUCUGGACAAUAUGGACAAUGACAAUGUUAAAAAAAUUGGAAAAUACAAAAAUAUUAACACUUUUAAAUUGAUGUUUGCAGUUCAAAUGUAAUAAAUACAAGUUUGUUAAACUCUUCUGUUUAUGGUUCUUAAU